AUGGCUCAACAGACGGCCGUCACCAGGUGGCCCAAGGCUGUUGAAGGAACCGUUGACAAUGUUGACGAGACUGCAGCCUCUUCCGACAAGGACAAGCGGGCCGAGUGGGCUACCAUGCGGAUUGCGCUGCAGGAGAUCAUGCAUGAGAUCGAACGGAAUGAGCCUUUCAAGUCGUUGGUUGGAUUGCCUCUGGCUACUCGCAGAUUGUUAUAUUUACAGACCGUCUUCAACACAUCUAAAAAAUGGCACGUCUAUGACGUAUUCAAGCGUCAAAAAAACUCGACUUUUGUCAAGUCACGAGUCGCCAUGGAAGCGCUCGCCAGCUCGUACAUGCAAGUCGUAACAGAGAUGGAUCUUGCGAGCCACGGCAGCGAGGAGGCGCGGCGGUUGCUAUUCAUCGAAAUGGCCGAAAUUGCACGGUUGGGCAACGCAACUGAUUUGUCGCUACUAAGCCAUUUAAGCAUGGAAGAUACGCAGGAUCUCCAGGGACAGGACGCCAUCCAGAAGAGCCAGAAGAAUAUCGUCGAUAAUGAUACUGAGGCCGUCUGGACCUACCUCCAGUGUACUCCAUCGCCAGUAGAUCGUCAUGUGGACAAUGGUGUUGGAUAA